ACCUCGCCCAACCCUUUCUGCUUUGUCAUCGCCUGCCCGCUGGAGCUGGAGAGCGCAGCGGGGCAGCCUGGAGCGCACCGAACCCGGAGCCCCACCCCACCGCUGGGGGUGGGGGACGGAAACUUGAGUCCAGGCGCCCCGAACCCCGCCCCUCCGCAGUGCUUGGGUGGAGGGGAGAGACGCCCCGGAGAGGAGCCUGCACCAUGGGCAACGCACAGGAGCGACCUUCAGAGACCAUAGACCGCGAGCGGAAGCGCCUGGUGGAGACGCUGCAGGCUGACUCAGGGCUCCUGCUCGACGCUCUGCUGGCCCGGGGCGUGCUCACAGGGGCCGAGUACGAGGCGCUGGACGCGCUGCCCGAUGCGGAGCGCCGGGUGCGCCGCUUGCUACUCCUGGUGCAGAGCAAGGGCGAGGCCGCCUGCCAGGAGCUGCUGCGCUGUGCCCAGCGCACCGUGCGCGCUCCAGACCCCACUUGGGACUGGCAACACGUAGGCCCUGGCUACCGGGACCGUUACUAUGACUCGCCCUGCCCAGGCCACUCAACUCCCGCAUGCCCCGGGUUGCCCAGAGCUUCUGACAGUGACGAGGCUCGGGGACCUGAGGGCUCCGAGACAGGACAAUCUGGAACCGGCUGGGAGCCCGAGGCGGAAGCCGAGGCCCCUGAAGGGACUCAGCCAGAACCGGAAUUAGAACCCGAGCCAGAACAGGAGCCAGAACCUGAACCCGAACUGGAAACAGAACCAGAACCCGAGCCAGAACAGGAGCCAGAACCUGAACCCGAGCCCGAGCCCGAACCAGAACCGGAGCCGGAACCAGAACCGGAGCCAGAACCCGAACCCGAGCCCGACUUUGACGCUGGAGAUGAAUCAGAAGAUUCCUGAUUGCCUGGAUCCCCACCUGGCACGGAGGGAUGCUACAAAGGCCACCUCUGUCCAGUGCUGCCAGAAGGAAACUCACUCAAGGCCCAGUUGUCUUCCAUUCUGGCUCGCCCAAGAUCUCCUGUGGCUGGGGAAGUUCUGUUUCCUGACCCAAUCCUCAGCCCCAAUUUGUCCUCAACAGCCCAAGCCACACUCCUGGAGAUCUGAGCUCCCUGUGGAACACAAACCUGCUCUUGCACUCUCUUCCGUGGCCCUUCCCACCUAUUAGCCAUUUAGGGGCCGGGCACCAGAGAGGAAAUAGAUCUCUCCCCAUUUCAGGAGGACUGGAGCACAUCUCCUUGAGAAGUGAGAUUAGAAGGGAGGGCUCAGUGGUGAGGCACAUGCCUUGCCUGUGUGAGAUGCCCUGAGUUCGAUCCCCUAUACCAAAGGAGGGUGGGGAAAAGAGGAAGAGGAAUGGAUUUGGGGGGAGCAAAGCACACAUUUCACUGUAACCUAGUUUAAUUGGCUUCUCUUGGGACGGAAGCUUGGGGGUUCUGAGCAGUACAUACACAUCCUCUCAACCAAUAA